GGACCUGAAAUGUUGUCUUAUUAAGAGAAAGCAACUACUAUUUCAUCAUUUGGAUAAUCUUGAUCCGGCAUUAAUACGAAGAGGAAGAAUGGACAACCAUAUUGAGAUGUCUUAUUGUAGGUUUGAAGCUUUUAAGGUUUUGGCUAAGAACUACUUAGAGAUUGAGUCACAUGACAUGUAUGGAGAAAUCAAGCGGUUGGUGGAGGAAACGGACAUGUCUCCAGCUGAUGUUGCUGAGAAUUUGAUGCCUAAAUCAGAUGAAGACGAUGCAGAUAUUUGCCUUAGGCGGUUGGUUAUGUCUUUGGAGGAAGAGAAGGAGAAAGCAAGGAAGUUGGCUGAGGAAGAAAAGAAGAAGAAAGAAGAGAGGGAUGCAAGGAGGAAGAAGAAGAAAGCAGAGGAAGAACACAAAAAGAAGAAGGAAACAGAGGAAAACGGCGACGUUUUUCGCGAUAAUGGUAACCUUAUUUGAGCAAAGAUCUUUAUCAGAAAAAGAAGAAGGAAAAAAGAUUGGAGCGUAGAUGUGAUGAAUUAAUAUUUGAGUCUACUCUUUCUUUAGGUUUUGUUUUGUCUAAUAAAUUUUAAAUGCAAUA